AUGGCCACGCAAGCUAGCCAAGGUGCUUCAAUCGAAGACAUUGUCGCCAUCGGUCCUGAGUCGGAGAGUAUACAGGUCUGGCGCGAACGAUGUGCGAUUCAGACUGCAUCCCAAAUUCGUCUUGUCAAACUGGCACAUAUGAGAUAUCAGCAUCCUGACCUGGAUGAGAUCACUGUUUUUCUUCAGGCCGGCAAGGUCGAACAACUCACGGAUGCUCCCGGUGGGGGCCAUAUGGUGAUAUUGACAGACCCCGAGGGCUUCCCAAUGAAUCUGCUUUUCGGCCAGACUCCAGCGACUCCAGGGCCCUAUCCCCCAAUCCUUGAAGUCAACCAUGAAACCGAAAAAUCACGCAUUCGCAGGUUCCAGCGCUUUCAGCCAGGACCGGCUGCAGUCCACAAGCUGGGCCACUACGGCGUAUGCAGCACCAACUUCGAAACCCUUGUCGAAUUCUACACAAAGAACUUCAACCUCGUCCCCACAGAUUUCCUCUACAUAGAAGAAGCAGGAAUAAAAAAGAACGUCGCUGUAUUCGCCCACAUCGACCGAGGCGACCAGCCCGUCGACCACCACAGCUUCUUCAUGAGCUCGAAUCAGACAAGCCACGUCCACCACUGCUCAUUCGAGGUGCAUGACUUUGACAUCCAAAAACUCGGACAUGAAUGGCUUGCCAAGAAAGGUUACAAGUCGGUUUGGGGUGUCGGUCGACAUAUUCUUGGAUCCCAGAUCUUCGAUUACUGGUGGGAUACAACGGGCAAUAUGAUUGAGCAUUAUGCGGAUGGGGAUUUGGUGAAUGAUCAGACUCCUAUCGGGUACGGGCCGGCGGGUGAUGAGUCUUUGGCUGUGUGGGGACCUGAAGUGCCGUCUUGGUUUUUGCAGUGA